UAAGAAAUAGAGGUCAUCCGUUUAAUAGUCGGGGUCUCCUCUAUCGGUUGAUCGCCCCGAGAAUAAGCUCGAGGAUAGGCCGUUCUGUGACGAGGCAACUUUUGUGAGGAUAUUUCGCUUCUCUUGGAUCUGUUGCUUAAAUUUGACAGGAUGUGAUCACAUCCAUCAAUGGCCCAUGAACUUGCACCCCCGUCAUACAGAGCGGCGGUGGGGGCGGAGAAGCGCCGAGCUGACAACACGUACGAAAUUCGGAGCUUCAGCGACCCAUUUGGCCUUGUAAAACAGCCACCAAUCUACACAAGGUCACAGUCAACACCAGAGAGGUCAAGGCUGCAGGAAUAUUCCGAGAGGUCAAGGCCGUCGAGGAAUAGACGACUGAGGGACGUUACUAUCGAUGAGGAUGAAGUUUUUGAAAGCCCAAACGAGGAAACACGAGGGCAGUCCCUGAAACACGGAAGACACUCUUAUCGGCCUGAACGGGCGCAGUCUUUGAGGCACGAUGUUCGGCCAAGGCAGGCCGAUCGUAGACAGUACGAACGGUCCAGGAAAAGCCACGAGGAUCUGCGUCGUAUUAACGACGACAGACAGCGCAAGAGCUUUGAAGAUUUACGCCAGGUGGAUGAGCACCAAAGGAAAAGCUUCGAUGAUCUUCGGCGAACAAAGUGGAGUAACGAGGAUCUCUCGCAACCUUCGCCUCGGUCUCGUAGUCGGACCUACUCGGCUGGGUAUGAGUCCCUGAAAUCAGCUUCCGACGAUAUACGCAAUGGUAGCCCAACAAAAUCUUCCAUGGCAGAGUCUCAAUGGAAAACGCCGAAUGCCGUGAAUCGGUCUCUAUCUUCACCUGGCGGGUCUCAGUAUUCCCUAAGUCGCGCGCCAAAGGGAAAUCCAUUGAAGUCAACCUCAGGUGAUUCUCGUCAAUCGUUAGGGAGUAGCUGUAACGGAACUGGUACGCUGAGAUCCUCCUCCGAUGAUUCGCCAUAUCACUUUGGGAAUACUUCUAACGAAAAUGGCAGUGCGUUUAAUUCUUCGUCAUCGGGAGAUUCUCGCUAUUCGCACGGGACUAACUCGCCUAAUGAUGGUAGCACGCAACCCGGUGACUACCGUCAUCUACUCGGUAACGCUACAAAUCACACACCAUUCCAUCCCUAUCUUUCCGAGGAAUGGCAGGCUCAGUCCGGACAUCCAUCUUCCCUCGAAUUGGAAGCUUCCGAUACACAGACCGAUGGUUAUUCCUCAUACGCAAGCACGCUAGAAAAAGUUCUAAAACCUGACCGAAAGUCGGUAAACAAUAACUUUGAGUAUGAUGAUUCCCGUUAUGGCGCUUGGGGUACUUCCGGUUCUCUUGAGAAGACAUAUCAAAAGCCAAAAAUACAAGACAAACCUGUUAAUCCUGUGAAGCCACUAAUCCCUUUAAAGCCUCAAAAGGGAUUGACUGGACCAGCAUCUCCCUCUGUUCUUAAAGGCGCAUACAGGAUAGACAAUAAGCUAUCCACUCCUGUCAAGGACGCUGGCCCGGAGUUCGUGUGUGAUUAUGACCCCAUUAAAACUGCCCUUCAUGUUCAACUCCCGGAAAGGCUGGACAGUGACCCUCUUAAAGUGUACACACAAUUCCAAACAUCACAGGCUGUCAAGUCACGUGAUGGUAUCAUUUUCGAUCCCGCUAAACUUCAAACGCAGCUUUCAGAAACGGGAAGUGAAACAGGACAGUCAGGAACGCUGAGAUCUAACGCAACAUGUGCGUCGCGUGCGUCUAAUGCGACGACUAAAUCACUGGAGCAUUAUCGUCAGGAUUACAGGAAUCUGGAUUUUCUCCGGUCAGUGGGGGGCGAGAGACACUCCCUGACCAGUAGUGACGACUCCGUUAAGGUCGCCUCGGACUGUGCCCUUGCGAAUGUUGAGCGCAUCGCAGAAAGGAAUAGAAACAACGACAUCAAGCGCAGCCGAAUCAAGCGGCUAGGUUGCGGUCUCGCUCAAAUUGUUAUCGGAUUAUUACUUAUUGCCAACGCCGUCUUCAUCUUCUUGAAUAAGUCGCCGGGUUGGUUCACUUGUGCUGGAUUCUGGGCAGGGCUUUUUGCCGCCAUCGGGGGCAGUUUGGGGGUGCUCACACACUGCAAAUCAAAGGAUGUGUACGUCAGUUCCAUGAUUGGAAUAACCAUGUUUAAUAUCUGUGUGAUUUAUUUAGGGACGUUCUGUAUCGGUUUGAGUUUCGGGCUCGUGCAAAUGGAAAAAGGGGGAAUUCACAGGUGGUUGGAUGCGCUGAAUUUCGUAUACAUUGUCCUGAGUUUGUUUGGGAUAGUCGCAAGUGUUUUACAAAUGUCACCCAUUGAGAAACAAGGUGAACUAAGAGAGUUGGAGUGUGCCAAGUGUUUCGUUGAUUGGAAGGCCCUUGAAACGAAAGCACCAUCAAUUGACCGGACUCCAAGUACCUCCAGUAGUCAGGGAAGCCAGGAACGAGAUGGCUACAGAAACUAUGGUUACGAGUCUUCAAACUACGGGGACGCAGUAACCACAGUGUGAGGCGUCUCCUCAAAUUGCUUAAUUUCGAAGAAUAAAGCAGAUGAUAUACAUGUAGAAUGUAGAGGUAACAUACCGUUGGCCAGUGGUGAACUGUAGACAAAGAACGUACAAGUGAUAAUGAAUAUGCAAACUAAGAUAGCAGAAUACCAAAAAAAUCUAUGCAAAGGCUUGGUUGUAAUGCAAGUCUUCAGGUCAGCAUAUUCCUUUUUUUAAACGAUGUUUUUCCAGUUCGCACAAACUAUUUAUUUUUCGUUUAUUUUUCGUUUGUGAAUUAAUCAGUUUUGGCAUUGAUAUAGAAACUUGCAGAUCUUUUUCACAAUUGUUGAUGUGGCGAUGUUUCUUAUAUUUAUUUUUCAAGUUUAAAUGUAUAAAAUCGUUUCUUAAGUUUUCUAACGUAAAAAAGAUAUUUUCAUCUUGAUAA